UUUUUAGGGUCUCGUACUGAAUUUUUCCACAGACGUUUCGUUGUAAAAUUAAAACUUCUGCUUUUAUUGAUGUUGUCGUUCGUCGUCGAUUUACUUGUUUCUUUUCGCGAUUUUAUGCGUCUCCGUGAAGUGUUUUUCACGGACGUUUGGGACUACUACGCAAUGUCCUAGGCGGGGUUAAAGCGGAGAAGGGUGGGUGAAAGGUGAAAGUUGAGAGGUGGUGCUACUGCUGCUGCUGCUAGUGCUGCUGGUGGUGGUUUUGUUGUCUUUGUGCGAAACAGUGCAGCUGACUCUCGUACUAUUACUCUUUCCCUCUUCCCCCUGAAUCCUUCAAAAUCUCUUCCCCACCCCCGGGGGUGUAUACCCUCCCGAACCUUUCCCCUUCUACCCUUAAAACCCCACCCUCCCCUUCAAAUACAUCGGACAUCGGACAGGCUUGUUAAGUAUGCGUAAAAUGCUUAUUAAAAGUGUCUGCUGAAAUGGCCAGUUCAAACGUGAUAUUCCCACUUGGACUUUUAAACGGAGGUUCCAUUCUUGUGACCAAAGACACCAGCUCUCUGACUCGCUCUGGCCUCCACCCUGACACUGCAGUAAUGGACUCCGGUGUGAUUGAGGCUGGACUCAAUGUCACCCUGACUAUCAGGUUGCUCAUGCAUGGAAAGGAAGUUGGAAGUAUAAUUGGCAAGAAAGGAGAAUCUGUGAAGAAGAUGAGAGAAGAAAGCGGGGCUCGCAUCAACAUCUCCGAGGGGAAUUGUCCUGAGAGGAUCAUAACACUGGCAGGCCCUACCACCGCCAUCUUUAAAGCCUUCUCCAUGAUCACAGAGAAGCUGGAGGAGGACAUAUGUAGCUCCAUGACGAACAGCACGGCCUCCAGCAAGCCGCCUGUCACCCUACGCAUCGUGGUCCCUGCCAGCCAGUGCGGCUCGCUCAUCGGCAAGGGGGGCUGCAAGAUCAAGGAGAUUAGGGAGUCGACAGGUGCACAAGUUCAGGUGGCGGGGGAUAUGCUUCCAAACUCGACAGAGAGAGCGAUCACCAUCGCUGGUACGCCCCAGUCCAUCAUCGAGUGCGUCAAGCAGAUCUGCGUGGUCAUGCUUGAGUCUCCUCCAAAGGGUGUCACCAUCCCUUACAGGCCUAAACCAUCAGCAUCGCCUGUGAUCUUUGCAGGCGGACAGGCGUAUGCUGUUCAAGGCCAGCAUGCCAUUCCACAGCCUGAUCUCACAAAACUUCACCAGCUGGCCAUGCAACAGAACCCAUUUCCACUGGCUCCCAGUAACCAAGGCUUCUCUGCAGGAAUGGAUGCCUCGAGUCAGACUGGCUCUCAUGAGAUGACCAUUCCCAAUGAUUUAAUUGGGUGCAUCAUCGGCCGCCAAGGAGCCAAGAUCAAUGAAAUCAGGCAGAUGUCCGGAGCUCAGAUCAAGAUUGCCAACCCGAUGGAGGGGUCCUCUGACCGCCAGGUCACCAUCACAGGCUCGGCGGCCAGCAUCAGCCUGGCCGAAUACCUCAUAAACGCCAGGCUGACGUCCGAAGCAACAGGGCUGGCAACCAACUGACCCCUUGGCAGUGCUUCAGUAGUAAAAUCCCCUCAUACCCCCAACCCUUUAAACUGUCAACUCCUGUGAGGUGGUUUAUGCAACAAUCCAGCAUUUCCUAUGUUUAAUUCUAAGCUCACUCGUUAAGUAUAGCUGUCUACCUGUUUAUUUAUUUCAUAUGUUUGCUUUUACUGUCCUUCAAACCUGUGUAGUACAACUAUCACUUGGAAGUAUAGUUUGAAUACUCUGAACAGUCUUAGGUUUUGUUCUGUAACACCAGUUUUUUUUUUUAGAAAUUAAUGUGAAAAAGAAUUUUAAAAACACUACGAUGAAAUGAAAUACAGGAAACUGUCUUUAUAUUUAUAUUAUGCUUAACUGCACACCCUCCCCCCCCCACCCCCCCAAGAGAUCUGUAAACCCUUCUGUGUUUUAUAUUGGUGAAUGUGACACCGUUUAAUGGGAAAUCUGGACAAUGUUGAGAGUUCAUCUUCCUGACGUAUUAGAUGUACACAUUGGCCUGUACCCCUUUGGGAUAUCACAUCUGUCAUUUACUGAUACUGUGCUCUUUUUGUCAAUUGUGUUUCAAUUUUCCUGUUUUACACCAUCCCCUCUUUGCCUUGAUUUUUAUAAGUUGUGGACAAGUCAUGUACUUCAGGUGGACAGAUGGUCUUGGCCUUAACUGUGAGGCAAGGGGAAUUAUUUUGUUUAAUACAUGUUACUAAAGCUGGAAUGAUAGUUUUAAAUUAAGAUUUUUUUUUCAUGUAUCAGUGGGGGAGAUUGAUGGGCAGAGUUUCUGUGAUACGUAACGUGACAGAGCUAUGAAUCAUUCAACUGUACUUUGACGAGAGCGAAAUUUCCUGUGAUUUUCCUGCUCUUAUCUUCUCGGAUUUGAUUUUUUUUAACAGUGUAAUAUAUAUAUAUAAAUAUAAUUAUUUAUUAUGAUGAUUUUUUUGGGCAGGAAAAAAUUGUGCACGUUUUCAAAAAGGCUGUAGACCCGAGUGCCACAAAAUUGUUGAGGAAAGAAUGCAAAAUUAAAAAAACAUGACUUCA